AUGGCCGCCCACCACUCUUCUGCGACCGCCCACUGGCCAUUUUAUGGCCACCUACCAUCACUACCAGUCACCUACAACCUCCUACUACCAGUCACCUACAACCUCCCACUACCAGUCACCUACAACCUCUCACCACCAGUUACCUACAACCUCCCACUACCAGUCACCUACAACCUCCCACUACCAGUCACCUACAACCUCCCACUACCAGUCACCUACAACCUCUCACCACCAGUACCAGGUCACCCAACACUACCAGUCACCUACAACCUCCUACUACCAGUCACCUACAACCUCCCACUACCAGUCACCUACAACCUCUCACCACCAGUUCACCUACAACCUCCCACUACCAGUACAACCUCUACCAGUCACCUACAACCUCUCACCACCAGUUACCUACAGCCUCCCACUACCAGUCACCUACAGCCUCCCGCUACCAGUCACCUACAACCUCUCACCACCAGUUACCUACAACCUCCCACUACCAGUCACCUACAACCUCCCACUACCAGUCACCUACAACCUCUCACCUCCAGUUACCUACAACCUCCCACUACCAGUCACCUACAACCUCCUACCACCAGUCACCUACAACCUCAAUGA